UCAAAUGAGCUCAACUGUUCCCCCUUCUGUAACCUCAUAACCACGCUAAUGCCAUCAGAGCCAUGUUUUUUAAUGUCCACUGACGCAUGCGCAUAUACAGUCAUAGUAAGGACUCAAAAUCGAUCAUCGAGUGAAUGAACGGCGCCUCCCACCGGACUCCAUCUAUCACAAUGGCAGAUAAACAAAGUUCUCAGAAAAGUGUCAAAAUAGCCGCCGGAGCCGUCGUUUGUGUUGAAAGUGAAAUUAGAGGAGAUGUCACCAUAGGCCCUAGGACAGUAGUCCACCCAAAAGCUCGGAUCAUUGCAGAGGCAGGGCCCAUCGUUAUCGGAGAAGGCAAUUUGAUCGAGGAGCAAGCUCUGAUCAUUAAUGGUUAUCCAGAAAACAUCACACCAGAUUCUGAGGUGGAACCAAAGACGAUGACCAUUGGCUUGAACAAUGUGUUUGAAGUUGGCUGUGUAUCACAGGCCCUGAAAAUUGGGGACAACAACGUGAUUGAAUCUAAAGCUGACGUCGGUAGGAAUGUGAUCCUCACCAGUGGCUGUAUCAUUGGAGCCUUCUGUCAGGUCAACACCUGUGAAGUCAUACCUGAGAACACGGUCAUCUUUGGCUCUGGAUGUAUGAGGCGGGUUCAGACAGAGAGACCACAGCCCCAGACCCUUCAGCUCGACUUCCUGAUGAAGAUUUUGCCAAACUACCACCAUCUGAAGAAAACUGUUAAAGCAGGCCACAAUGCUAGCUAAAGUUUAACUUAAUACAUUUUAAGGCAGAUUGUAAAUGGCUACCAAACCCUUAUUUACAUGGAUCUUGCUGGAAGGAAGCAUGAAUGUAUAUAAUUAUAAUAUAUGGACCUAGCUUGAUCAGUACUUUUUUUCACUUGCUGAUAAAUAUUUUCUACUAGAGCUGCAACAGCUGAUUAAGCAUUUCAUCUUUAUCUUGCUGAGCUGAUGUCAGGUUUUCUAUGAUUAAUUAAAUAACCUCAAAAUGCUGA